UUUAUCUCCUUCUACAACAACUAUAUAACCCGCACAACCAGUAUUCAGCACUACAAUCCAACACAUUCAAACCCAUCUCAUCGCUACAUCUCCCAAACCACCCGCAAUGCCCCAAGUCUGGUUAAUAACCGGCGCAUCCUCCGGCUUCGGAGCCCUCCUGGCCGAAAAAGCCCUCCUCGCUGGACAUGACGUCAUUGCUACAGCCCGCAACCCUACCAAGGCCGCCGCGGAUUAUCCUCAAAUCGCCUCUCUGGGCGGCAAAUGGCUGCAUUUGGACGUGACUAGCAAAAAUACCAAGGAACAAGUGGAACAAGCAAUCAAGGAUAACGGGGGGCGGAUUGAUGUGGUAAUCAACAAUGCGGGAUAUGGCCUGCUCGGUGGUAUUGAGGACAUCAGUGAGGAUGAACUCGACACCCAGUUCCAAACGAAUAUCUAUGGCGUGGUGAGAGUCACUAAAGCGGUUCUUCCGUUUAUGAGGGCCCAACGGAGCGGCACUAUCGUCAAUGUUAGUAGUAUUGCUGGGUUUGCGGCGGGUCCGUCGGGGGCUGCAUAUUCGAUGUCGAAGUUUGCUGUGGAAGCCCUUUCGGAAUCCCUCUUCGCUGAACUCCAACCCUUCAAUAUUCGGGUUCUACUGGUCGAGCCAGGUGCGUUUCGGACGAACUUCAUCGGAUCGCACAAGUUCCCUGCUGCUGGGUUGAAUAAGGACUAUGACGGGACGCCUUUGGCAAUGGCCAUGGGGUUCUUUGAUACUUUUGCUGGGAAUCAGCCUGGGGAUCCUGUCAAGGCGGUCGAGCGCAUCCUUGAUGUGAUUCAGUUGAAGGGAGUGGGAGAGGGCAAGGGACAUCUUCUUCGUUUGCCGCUGGGGACGGAUUGUUUCCCUCGGAUGGUGGCCAAGCUGGAUGCUGUGAAGCAGAAUUUGGAGGAAAUUAGGGAGGUUGCUUUGAGUACGGCGGUUGAGUCGGAGUAGUGUUAUUUGCUCGGGAACAUACCAGGAGGGUGUUGUAUGGGAUGGUUUGACACUUGUGGUAGAUAUAGCAUGUUUUUUAAUAAUUCAGCUAUCGCAUACGACUAUGGCGUGCAAUGUCGUCGGACUGAUGGAUAUC